AUGUUCUACGCGAAACCCCUCGUUUGGACCCCGCCUGGCGGUCCUAACAAGCAAGUCAUUGUGGUCUCCAACCAGAACAAUAUCAGAAUUCUAGAUGGCUUGACUGGCACUGUGAUCAACCAAAGAACUCUUGAUCCUCCUUUCCAAUCCGUCGAUACUGGCAAUUGCGGAGACAUUCCCAACACUGUCGGGAUUACAGGUACCCCAAUUAUUGAUCCUGCAACGGAUAUCAUGUACUUGUUCUCCAAGGGCUACAAAGGAGCUGCUACUGGGCCCGCCGGUACUCUUCAGGGACAAUACAAGUUCUAUGCUAUUCAACUUCCUGGCCUUACCGAUGUCUUUCCUGCCAUCAUAAUCGACGGUCACUAUGCGGACAACGACCACACACGAUAUUUUGUUGGCGGCACAGUCCUCAAUAGACAGGGCUUGGCGAUGCUUGGCAAUACUAUCAUUGGAGGUUUUGGUGGUCAUUGCGAUAAUUUCAACUACACAGGAAUAAACGGUGCCGGUGGAGCUGGUGAUAACGGCAAGGGCAUUUCAGCCAACGGCAAGAUUCCGAUUAGCACCCUUCAGCAAGCCACUGUCGAUAUGGGAUUGUCUUCCUCUGGUGUCUUUGCGCAGAACGAUUACUUUGAACCUUACGAAUACGCAUCGCUAGACGGUGGUGAUACAGAUUUUGGCUCUUCUGGAGCUGCUCUACUUUCGCCUUACUUUUCUGGUGGCGGUGUUUCUCAAGUUGUGGUUGCAGGGGGGAAAAGCGGAAAGAUCUAUUUCAUGGAUGCGAACAACCUUGGGGGUUUCGCCACUGGGGACUGGCGGUUCCGAUGGAGCUAUUGUCCGACCUCCCAGGCUGGUGCUGGAGCGUAUCUUUACGCGGACAAGUUCACAACUGGUGCCAAUGGUGUCCCGCAAUUCGUACUUGCCGGUCAAUCUGCUAUUCAAUUUGCUGGUGUUGGAGCUCCAACUGUCACUAGUCUGAAUGGGCAAACUGGUUCUGCGAUUGUAUGGUUGGCAGACGUGAACAAUGGCCUCGUUGCUUACAACGCAAUCCCCGUUGACGGUGUUCUACAACCGAUCAGCACCGUGAGUACAGGUCGAUUGCAAAAAUACCAACGCCCUGCAUUUGGUAAUGCCAGAGUUUACACGACAGAGACCAACCAAAUAUAUGGCAUAGAUGCAUCCACAACUCCUGCAAUCACAUGCGCGUCUACCAGUGUCGGAUUUGGCUCUGUCGUUGCUGGCCUUACAAAGGUCAUCAACGUCAAGUGCACAGCUGGGCAGACGGCCUUGACAAUGAAUGGUUGCUCUACCAACCUUGAUAUCUUUCAAUGCUCCGGUGUGCCAGCCACUUUAGCCGCUGGAGCGUCGUUCACCAUGGCGGUUACACUUAACCUAACCUCGGCUGCCAUUGAAUUGACACGUACCGCUAACUGUAUCGAUGUUGCACCCGGAGCUGUUGCUGGGUCUUUGAGCCUUAUGAAGCCCUCCGGGGUCAUUCCGUAUGCGAGUCUCCCGAUGACUGCCACUGUCACAGCAACUGGAGGAUACAUAGACCUCAGCGCCGUACAAAUCGACUUUAGCAGACUUUCAAUUGGCACUUCGUCAACUGCGUCGCUACUUGUCAAGAAUGAUGGUGCUGGAGCCAUGUCCUUCACUGGCUUUGCUUACCAAAAUGCGUACGGAGCUCCGUAUCAAAAUGUGUCCACCUCUGGAAGCCCUGUUGUGGUUGGGAGCGGCUUUACCGCGAUUGGAUUGCCCGUUAAUGGCGCAACCAUUGCAUCCAAGAGCAACAUUACGAUCUCCCUUACGUUCACGCCUACCGUGACGGGGUCUUCCGCCUCAAUCCUCACUUUCUGGUCAAAUGGUGGCUGGAAAGAGGUUAUGCUUGUGGGGACAGCAUCUGCAUGCACUGUCUCUUGUUCUACACUGUCCCAGAGUAGCUCUACGACUACGAUAUUAUCUUCCUCCUCAAGUGCGAUAUCUAGCUCGAUGUUGUCGUCUAGCUCAAGUGUCAUAACAAGCUCUUUGACCUCUUCGUCCCUCUCGACUAUAGCUUCUUCGACGAUUCCUACCACACUCCUCUCCAACACCUUAUCUACAUCUGCGCUUUCCAGCACAAGUAGUUUGGUUGUCUCGAGCACUAGUAGCACACUCUCAUCAACGUCCGGCCCCUCGUCCAAUAUCGCAACCACAACGUCUCUAACAACCCUCGCCACAUCAGUCUCAUCCUCGUCUGUCUCGAGCGCCACUGGGUAUGCCUACAUGGGAUGUUUUGUAGAUACAGCCAGUGCUCACGCCCUCCCACUCCUCCUCGCAAACAACUCGAUCACUCCCCAAGUUUGCGAAUCGCUGGUCUCGUCUCUCGCCAUGAAGCCAACGCCGACAAUUUACCCAUUCUACUAUGUCGAGUACCAUCGAGAAUGCUAUGCUGGGAGCAGCUUCUCCUUUGGAACCCAACAGGUGACGAGCCUGUACGGCGCUCACGCUUGUACGGACGUAUGCAGCGGCUCCAUUGGGGCCACUUCGACAGGCACUGCAUUCUGUGGUGGCUCACGUCAAUUUAAUCUUUAUGCCACGAAAUCUAGCGUGCCUUUCGUUGUCGCAACCACACAGAGCAAAUGA